AUGGAGAACUCUGUCAAACCAGACGUUGAAAGAUGGAGAUCGACUUUGGACACGCUACUCAUCUUUAUCGCUCUCUUCUCUGCUGUUGUCACGUCCUUCCUCGUUCAGGCGUCUACCGGCCUCUCGCAGGACCCGAGUGACCGAACCAAUGAACUUUUAUCGAACCUUACAGAAAUAAUUAUCCAGCUCAGCGCCAACACGUCCGCGUUACACAUCUCACCACCCACUCAAUUCGAUCCAGACCCCAGGAUUGUCCGUCUAAAUGUAUACUGGUCUCUUUCUCUCAUCAUAAGCGUAAGUCAUACUACUUAG